AUGUCCGCCGCAGCUGUCGAGGAUGAGUGCGCCGUCGCUGAGGCGCAGCUGCAACGCGCGGAAACCGAGCUCGCAGAGGAAGAAGAAACCUUCGAGCAGCUCCCGCAGUCCUUCAUCCUCAUCGACGAGCUCCAACAGUGCGGCGUGUCCGCCACCGACAUCAAGAAAGUAAAAGACGCGGGUUUCGCGACCGUCAAGUCCUUGCUGACGGUGCCCAAGAAGACCCUCAUCGACGUCAAGGGCCUCUCCGAUGCCAAGGUUGACAAGAUGCUCGAGGCCGCCAACAAGCUCCUCCCGAAAGACCAGGCUGGGAGCUUUGUGACGGCAAAGGAGUGGAUGUCCAUGAGGAAGGACACCAUCAACAUCAGGACCGGCGCUGACACCAUCGAUGCCAUCCUCGGCGGCGGUGUACCCACGCGCAGCAUCACCGAGAUGUACGGCGAAUGGAGGUGCGGCAAGACCCAGAUCUGCCACACCCUCGCCGUGACCACCCAGCUGCCUCUGGACGAGGGCGGUGGCUGCGCUAAGGUCGCCUUCAUCGACACCGAGGGCACGUUCAGGGCCGAGCGCAUCGUCCAGAUCGCAGAGCGGUUCAACCUUGACUCGGAUGCCGUUCUCGACAACAUCCUCGUCGCGCGAACGUUCACCCACGAGAUGAUGGACAACGCCCUGACCCUUCUCGCGGGCAAAUUCUCCGAGGAGCCCUUCAAGAUUUUGAUCAUCGACAGCAUCAUGGCCCACUUCAGGGUCGAUUUCAUCGGCCGCGGCGAGCUCUCCGAGCGCCAGCAGCGGCUCGGCCAGUUCCUCGCCAAGCUCAACAAGAUCGCCGAUGAAUUCAACAUCGCCGUGGUGUACACGAACCAGGUCCAGGCCGACCCUUCCGGCAUGUCCUUCGCCGGAAUGGACCCCAAGAAGGCCAUCGGCGGGCACGUCCUCGCUCACGCCUCGCACGUCAGGCUCAGCGUCAGGAAGGGACGGGGCGAUGCGAGGGUGAUCAAGGUGGUGGACGCGCCUAACCUGAAGGAAGCGGAGGGAGAGUUCAUCAUCACCGACGGCGGCGUGGUCUCCUCGGACGCGUGA